AUGAAAUUAUUUAAUAGUAGGAAAUCGAUUAUAAAGGAAUAAGAUUAAGAAUCUGAUAAAUAACGAUAGAUAGGAGAUUAUCUUUUAGGUUGGUGUUUAGGUUUACAGUAGUUAAAACUCUUGGAUUGGGUACAUUUGGUUUAGUCAAAUUGGCAAUUCAUUAAAUAACUUAAGAGAAAGUAGCAAUUAAAAUUUUGGAGAAAUCAAAGAUAAUAGAUGUAGCUGAUGUUGAAAGAGUCUCUAGGGAAAUACAUAUUUUAAAAUUGAUUAGACAUAAACAUGUUAUUCAAUUAUAUGAGGUAUUAAAUGAAUAUAUAAUUAUUCAAAGAUAAUUGAAACUAAGAAAUAUAUAUUUUUGGUUAUGGAAUUCUGUGAUGGAGGUGAAUUAUUCGAUUAUAUAGUAAAGCAUUAAAAGUAAUAUUUUAAUAUAUAUUAAUAAAGACUAUCUGAAAUUGAAGCAUGUAAAUUUAUUUAAGAGUUAAUAUCUGGAAUUGAAUAUAUACAUAAAUUAAAUAUAGUUCAUAGAGAUUUGAAACCUGAAAAUUUAUUAUUAGAUUAUUAAAAGAGUUUAAAAAUAGUAGAUUUUGGAUUAAGUAAUACAUAUAAAUAAGGAGAAUAAUUAAAGACAGCAUGUGGUAGUCCAUGUUAUGCAGCACCUGAAAUGAUACAAGGAAAUAAAUAUAAUUCCUUAUUAGUUGAUAUAUGGUCAUGUGGAGUGAUUUUAUUUGCAUCUAUUUGUGGUUAUUUACCAUUUGAAGAUGUAAACACAUCAGCUUUAUAUAAAAAAAUAUUGAAUGGAGAAUAUAAGAUACCUAAUUUUGUAUCUCCUGAAGGUACAAGUUUUUUGAAAGGAAUCUUGAAUAUAAAUCCAGAAAAGAGAUUUAAUUUAGAUUAAAUAAGAUCUCAUCCUUGGUUUAAAUUGUAUAGAAGAUCCCAUCCUAUUCCUCCAGGGAUUAUUAUUGGAUAUCAUAGAAUUCCUAUUGAUAAUAAUAUUGUAUAAUAAUUAAAGGAAAGAGGAUUUAAUGAAGAUUAUAUAAAAAUUUGUUUGGAUGCAAAUAAAUAAAAUAAUGUAACAACUUCAUAUUUUUUAUUAAUGAAAAGACAUUUAAUGAAUGGAGGAAUAUCAACAGCAGAUAUUAAUUCUGUACAUUUUGAUUAAAAGUUAUUAGAACCAAUUUAAAGAGUUUAGAAAGGUAAUUUAUAUUAAUAUUAAAUAUGAUAGCACCUAUGCUUGGUUUUUUAGAUGAAUCAAUGUUAAAAACAUUGAAUUCUAAUAGAUCUUAAUCUAAUCAAAGUCGUAAACAUAAGAAAAUGCAUACACAAUAAAAUAGAGGACAUUAUUAUUUAUAAGAUGAGAAAUUAAAUAAAUCAAUCUAAUUAAAAUAAUCAAAUCGUUAAGAUAGUAUAGAUUCAGAUGAAGAAUUUAGUAAACCAAUAACAUCAAAUGUAAAAAAAUAAAAAGUUAGAACAGAAUCAAAUUAUAAUGCUGAUUCAUAAUUAAAUUAGACAACUAUGAUUGCAGGUAAAAGAUAAUCUAUUUCUCCUGCCAAUGCAAAUCUUAUUUUAUAAUACAUCAGUAAAUUAAUAUAUUUAUAUAUUUAAAUUAGAACAAUAAAAAAAACUAACUCCUACAUCUAUUAGAAAUUCAUGUUAAUAAAAACCAAAUAUAUUCUCUUUAAAUUAUUAAAGAAAUGUUUAAACAAUUUAUGAUCAUGAUGGCUUAAAGAUUAUGAAUUCAAAUAAAUAACAAUCUAAUGAAUAAAAGAGAAGUCAAAAUAAUUAAUGGAUGCCAUAAUCUUUAAUGAAUCCUUAUUAAUUACUAUUAUAAUUGAAUUCAAGAAAGGGAUCUCGAGAUUUAAGUGCUCCUCAUUCAACAAAAUGUGCAAAUAAUCCAAAAAGUAAAUCAAUUAAUAGGCAAUUUUGA